AUGCGCAAGCUUCUCGGCAAGGCUGCGCCAGAUGCCACCAGCGGCGACCUGGCCAACAGCCAAGGAAACAUCCCGACCGUCUUCCGGCCCUCAAAGUCGCAGAAUGCCGUGCACCCGGUUGGCAGCCCCAUUGCCUGCCUCGACAUAACGCCCGAUCACCGUGCCGUGGUCCUGGGCGGCCCUCACAUACUCAAGACGAUUGUGUCGGAUGCAUCUGUCGACUCCAGCUUCAGCUUCAAGUUCACCGACGGCGUGGAUGUCAAGGCAGCGAUUGCGGCGCAGAAGCCGUCCGGUGCGGGCGGAAGUCUUGUUGCAGACCAGCUCAACAUCCGCGAUGUCAAGUGGCAAGGCGCGUCAACAAUCUUCACAGCUUGUGCGGCCGGGAGGAUCUUCGCCUACGACGUUGCCAGGCUCGGUUCCGGCGGUGCGUCUGAUCCUCUCGACUAUAUCCAAAUCCAAGAGGACUCGCGACAGGUCAACAGUUUGGAUGUGAACCCUCACCUCAAGAGCUGGGUGCUGUCCGGCAGUCAGGAUGGAGUCGUUCGCGUCUUUGAUGUCUCUGCGCCUCUGCAGACUCGGGCCGGCUUCCUGACCUUCAGGCAGCGAUACACGCAGUUGAAGACCAACGAUUCAGUUAGACAGGUCAAGUGGUCGCCCAAGGUCGGGCACGAGAUGGCAUGCUGCACUGAUUCUGGAGUGAUUAUGAAGUGGGACGUACGGCAAUCAGCAAGACCUCUACUGCGGAUCAAUGCACAUGAAAAGUCCUGCUCUGCCAUUGCCUGGCAUUCGGAUGGUGUCCAUCUGAUCAGUGCCGGCUGGGAUGCCAAGCUGCAUGUGUGGGAUUUUGGAGGUUCGGCAGACAAGCGGCAGAAGCCCAAAUGGAGCAUCACCACACCAGCGCCCGUGACCACUGUUGCCUGGCGGCCCGGUCUUUGGUCUGCAACGGCCCAGACCCGACGCCUUGCCCAAGUCGCCGUGACUUACGACGAGACGAGCAAUCGACGAUACGGUACCUCGGUUGUCCACAUCUGGGACUUGGCAAGGCCCGCGAUGCCAUACAAGGAGAUUGAGCGGUUCGACAGCUCACCGUCGGCACUCUCAUGGCUGGAUCAAGACAUGCUCUGGACUGUGGGGCGGGACGGCAUGUUUAAUCAGUGUGACGUUGCCUAUGCGCCAAAAGUCAUUGAUCGGAUGUCUACCUCUGCCAUGUCUUUUUCGUCCCGGGGAGAUGUAGUCAUGUUCCUUGAUGAGCGACCGCAGCCGCCUCGGCCACACCCGUCUGUCGGCCAUGAUUCCGAGGUGGUGCCCCGAACCCCAUUCAGCACAAGCCCCAACACUCCAAUGCUCAGCGUUAGUCGAAGCGACUCAGAAGAAGAUGUCCUUGGCAGCUUUCUAGGACCACGAAGGCGAACAAUUCGCAAAAGGCGGUUUAGCACUAGAUCUGGCUUGCCAAUGAGCACCACCCCACCAUCCCUGCCCAGCCUGUCAGAUGAUGGAAAGCAAGUUCUCGGCUUGGAGCAGUCAAUCAACGUAACUGGCAUGUUCAAGUCCCAGCAGGGUAUGGCGUCCGGUCAUGUUCCGGCCGCAAAGUCGGUCGGUGUGUACCAUUACCUUUCCAGUAUUUACCUGGAAACCCUUCAACGAGAAUUACCUCUAGACAAGGGCGACAAGCCAUUAAUCCAGCGAGUGGCGGGCAUCAUGGAACAGUAUGCUGUGGCAGCUGAGAAUGUCCGACUGUAUCGACUCUCGCAGACAUGGCGUAUCCUUGCUUAUGCCAUGUCCUUAUUGAUGGAGAAGCGUGCGGACUACCACCUGAGGCUUAGGACAGCCCGAUUCCGUAAAAGGAGUCUUGACGAAGGAAAAAGUAGUCUUAAGAAGACAUCUAGUCAUAUUCAGAUUAACCGCCUCACCAAUGGCGAAGACACGCCACGAAGAGCGUCAGGUCAAGUUGGCAGUGUUGACGGCCGGUUAUCAAAGUCGAAAUCGCUCCUGUCGGAAGAGAUCGAGAGCACGUCCAACGUGCCAACACCGGUUGCAAGGCCUGUCGGCGAAGGCGAUACAAUUGAGUGGGACGAGCGGCACUAUCUACAUGGGAAAAAACUAACGCCCAUCAUUGAACCUGAGAGCCUCAAUUUGGGGCCUUCUGCUCAUGGAUCCUAUCGUCCUAGCCCACGCCAACGUCAUGAUUCAGCCCCGAUUUCGGAGAUGAGCCAUGGCAGCGAAACAUCCAAGGUAUCCAUCACUGAAGGGUAUGAUUUUUAUGACAUGGAGGCUUUGGCACGGGCUAUUGAUGUGCCAAUGACCAAGGCCUCAUACAAUGAAGCUGAACAGGCCCACCGAAUAAAAGCCAUAAGGCAUGAUUCGACCGAUAGCUUUGCUCAAGUGUUUUCUGCCUCUGAUAGUAGCGAUCACACUUCGCCGAGGAGAGACUCGUCCAAUCCCCCAAGCUCUCUGAAGCCCGACUCAUUAAGAAUAUCGGCAGUCGGCAACAAAAUUGGUGCUGAGUUUGCUAGUCUAGCUCACGAGGAUGGCGAGCAGCAGUCUCCAAAACAGACCAAGGGGUCGUCAAAUGGCCCUGCAAAGCGGGCAGACUCCCCUGAGGAAGUCUUCAUGAUCUCUCAGACGACCGCCGCCACGGACGAGACUUUUCCAUCUCAGACAUCGUUUGCUUCGCAAACAGACUCGGAAGUCCAUGAGGGGUUUGCCGGUCGUCGCCCUACUCCAUCCCAUGACAUUCAGAUGGCAAAACCUGCCAGCCCUGCUCCCGUGGCGACGGCUCCCGAGUACGAUCCCAGCCCUCAUGUUGUUGUAACCGACUAUUUCCCUUGGCCAGGUGACGGCCCCUUCCCUUUCCCCACGGAACCAUCAGAAUUGAAAACAUUCAAACCGCCUAGUAUGCCUGCAUGCCCGCUUGAUCCCUACUCUCUCUUAACGCGUGCCCUGGAGUUCGAGUCGCGGACUUCGGCACUCAAUGCCUCCGCAAUAGUGCUCCUACUCAAGCCACUAGUCCCGGAGUCUGUCAUUGACAUCCAUCAAGCAACUGCAGUCUUGCGGCAGCAGCAUUCCCGUCUCAUGGGAAUGAGCCUCUUCGUCGAGGCUGCUCUCCUGCGCAAUCUAGCAAUCAAGGGCUGGCCUGCUGGGCUGCCCAACUGGGGCGAGAAUUACACCUCCUUAUUUACGCCGGCCCAACAGGGCGUCAAAGCAGGCUUCAUGUGCUCAAACUGCCGCAAACCCCGAGAAAUCGACCGCAGCAACGGCGACUCCGCCCUUUGGACAUGCGAAAAGUGUCGCCAGGUGGUGACGCCCUGCGCGGUGUGCGGCCAUCGGGAUGCGGAAAUCGCCAGCUCGAUGCCCACCGAGGUCGUCGACAUCCCUAGCAUCGAGUCCUGGAUGACGGAGUGGUGGUACUGCCCCAGCUGCUGCCACGGCGGCCACGCUUCGUGCAUGCAGACCUGGCACGCCGCCCUCCGUCCUUCCGAGGCAACCUCGUCGUCGACCGUAUACAGCGACGGGUGCUGUCCCGUCGACGGCUGCGGACAUGCCUGUCUUCCCGGCAAAUAUAGGGGCGAAACGGCGACUGCCCGGGCUAACGAGCUUGGCCAUGCCGUAGUGGAUGGCAGUCGCAUACGGGACGGACUUACGGGGGCCAACACUAGCAGGAGGUCCAGUCCUGGGCGCGCUGGUCCGAGCAGCAUGGGCAUGGAUCGCAGUAUCAAGAGCGAUGCCAAUGACGUGCUGCAGAGCAAGGCGGUCGGAAUGGCGAGGGAGGCGCUGAAUAAGGGCAGUGGAGGGAUCUUGAGCUCAAGUCCUGGACGGGCGACCAUGACUGGCGAGAGGGAGAGGAGGAAGAGCGUCAAGUUUGCUAGGACGGAGCGUUGA